UGUUGUCUCUCUCUUUCUCUCUCUAUCACUAACUCAUCUCAUCACCGGUACCAUAGAAAUUUUAUCAAACUCGUUCACUGACUGGUCGGAGAUCGGAGAUCGGAGAGGACGAGUUCCGUUUCAUUGGCCGCCGGAUAAACAACUACUUCUACUUCACUCACAACAGAUUUAUCAUCAGUUUUGGAGUGUAUCUCUUUGGUUGAUAAAUUUGAUUUUUUUCACAACCUACUUCUGCUCAAAAAAUUGCAUAAAACUGCCCAAUCCGCCCUAAAAAAUGGCAGCAGUGAAGCUCAUGUCCUCUUCCCUGUUCCCUAAUGUUUCGUUGGGUUUGCCUUGUGGUGAAACCAAUUGGUUAAUGUCUCCGUACAAUCUACAUACCCAGAUAGCAAAACAAGCUAGUAAGAAACAUAAGGGUUUUCGACUGAAGGCUGGAUUUUGGGAUUCCAUUAAAUCUGGGUUUCUUAAGAAUAGUACUACACAAGUUGUGGAACCUCCCUCCACACUUGAAGAAGAGGAAGAACCUUUGCCCGAAGAAUUUGUUCUUGUUGAAAAGACUGAACCAGAUGGUGCAAUUGAACAGAUCAUAUUUUCUUCUGGUGGAGAAAUUGAUAUUUAUGAUCUCCAAUCUUUAUGUGAUAAGGUAGGUUGGCCUCGGAGGCCUCUGUCAAAAAUGGCUGCUGCUUUAAAAAAUAGCUACAUGGUAGCUACUUUGCAUUCAGUUCGAAAGUUACCAGGAUCAGAGGGAGAUGAUCAAAAGACGCUAAUUGGAAUGGCUCGUGCUACAUCAGAUCAUGCCUUUAAUGCAACAAUCUGGGAUGUCCUUGUUGAUCCUUCUUACCAGGGUCAAGGCCUUGGUAAGGCUCUUGUCGAAAAGAUAAUAAGGGCACUUCUGCAGAGGGACAUAGGCAAUAUUACACUCUUCGCGGAUAGCCAAGUUGUGGAAUUUUAUCGAAACCUGGGUUUCGAACCUGAUCCAGAGGGCAUUAAGGGUAUGUUCUGGUACCCUAAAUAUUGAUUUUGGGCUUAAAUAGGGUAAACCAGACACUUUUGUUCAGCAAGUUCAGACAUUUCGAAUCCUACUUUUUAGUAAAUUUGUCAAUUAUGCAUUUGGAUUGACAUUUUAUGAAUUCUUUCUGAACUAUUAUUUGAUGGACUUGCAAAAAGGGUAUAUAUCAUAUAUGGCAUUGACUUGCAAAAGUGUUUGAUUGUAAAGUGAGUCUGUUUAUCUUGUAUAUUGUCAGGGACUAUAAAUAGCUCUAAAUUGGAAAUUUCUUCUCCCUUAUUCCCAUA